AUGCGCUCCCUUCACGCGGUGGGGGCGGCGCUGCUGCUUUCAACCAGCUUGGCGAUCGCUGACGUGACGAACUGCUGGAUGAUCGAUGGCUCGGCGUCGCUCGUAACAGCACUGGCCGCCUACUCCGGCUCGGCGUGCGCCGUGGACGUGACGAUCCCUCUUGUGGCGUCCUCUUACGCGCCCAAUGAGAGCAUCGCUCUGUUAUGGGGUGUGCAGCUCGAUGCCAAGUCGUCCAACGCUAUGGACGUGCCUAUGCCGCCUGAUGCAAUGAUAACCCUCAGCUCCGACAACGCCCGCUCCAACGUACAGAUCAUCUCCACAUACCUUCGAACUUGCACCUCGCGGCGACGGUGCUCCCCGAGUAUCCUGGGGGAUGAUACAUUCACUACCGCUCAGUCCGGUAAUUUCUCCAGAUCUGACGCCACGUAUUUCGAGACGCUGGACGAAUUCUCCUUCACAGAAGAAGGAAAUUACACAGUGGCCGCAGUCGCCGUGCUUGGCAACGCCGAUGACGAAUCUUUACUGUAUUACUUCCAGACAUUCGCGAAUAUUGUCGUCAAGGAAGUCCGAGUCGACGCGGUCGCCUCGACCUAUUGCCGCGUAACAGCACAAAACCCUCUCGCAGAUUCGUUAAUCUCAAACGCGUUACUUGCGAGCAGUGACAGCUCCGAGAUCGAGGUGACAGUUGAUACGAACAACGUUGUGCAGGCCAGUCAGACCUUUGACAUUGUCUGGACGGCCACGAUGACGCGUAACUCGACCAAGGAGAUCCAGUUGCCUUCGCCCUUAAAGGUCGUCUCCGUGUUAACUGACGAUGGCAUGAAAGACAGCGGGUAUUACACAAUCGCGAGCUCAAUCGUGAAGCUGUGCGAGCGCGACACGGGCUGCGAUGAGUAUUCGAGCACUUUCGCCGCAUCAUCUGCUGACUAUUCCGCGAACUUUACUUCGGCAGACACUGCGAUGUUCGCUGCCAACAACAUUGUCGUUCCCUCGUCCGGUUGGUAUUCUGGCUUUGUCCAGUUGACACUCGCAGGCGCUGACGCAGACUCACAAAGAUACGACUUCGUGAAAUAUUUCGAGAUCUUCGCGACCGAGGAGAAUAUGACGCAGCAAGUAGAGAGCGAGACGUACGUGAACGAUGGUAGCGAGUCCUACUGCUGGGAAGUUGUCGCGGAUCCGCGAGAGGGGAAUGUUGAUGCCUCGAGCGUCGUGUUCUCAGGGAACAGCACCAACUGUCCGUACACGCUGAACAUGAAUGUAUCCACCACGACGUUUACAGUGGAGACCGGCGCUCUAGUAAGUUGGACAGUUGCGAAGCAAUCCUCUAAGACGGAUGGAGUUACAGUGAAUACCACGGCAGUCUACGACGAGUCUACUGGUCAGUACGUGACUCUACCACAAGUGAAAAUUUACUACUGCAACACCACAGAGUGCUCGCCAUUCUCAAUGAAAAAAACACUGGCAUAUUCCGCGCAGCCCAUGAACUUUUCAGAGCGAAGUGGUGAGGCUUUGUUUGCAACGAAGAUCAGCAUUCCGACUGAAGGAACGUACGCACUUAUGGCACUUGCGGUGGUGCCAAAUGGGGACGGGAUGCGAUUCGACGUGGCUUCCUUCAUGAGCAUGACUGUCACUGCGUCCUCUGCAGCGGCCGAUACCAGCGAUAGUUCCGGUUCUCACGUCGGUCUCAUUCUGGGCUUGACGUUGGGCUGUGCGGCUGUCAUCUGUCUUGCUGUACUGGGAUUCGUAUUUAUUCGUCGGCGACAAGCUGAGGCAACGCAGCAGAAAGAGCGUCGAUACAGCUUCUUCGGCUUCCGACCAAUGUCCAAUACCAACGAACUCCCCACGAACUCGCCCCACUCUGCUCACGGCUCGGAUGAGUCAGGCAACUUCAUGCGGAGCGCGCAGGAUGUGGCCAUGAACGGCGAGUCCAAGCACGAGGAGGAGGACGAGAUGGGUGACGUGGUGCCGUCAAUACCCGCGGGCUUCUCCACGCCGCGUCGAAGGCAGAAAAAAAACAACGGAGGCUUCGAAUUUAGCGUUACACCAGAGCCUUCGCGUCGUCGCCUUUCGACGUCCAGAGGCCGUCAAUCGGCCGUAGGGCUCGAGGAAUCGCCCGCCAGAUACUCACCUAGCAAGGUCAAGGCGGCUGUGCGCUCGUUUGCCGACUUCUUACACUUUCUGAGCCGAUUCUCGUGUGUUUUGGUGCCUUUGGAGGAACAGGAGGAGCACCAACAGGAACAUGCGCUUAUGCCAGUUAUUAUCCAACGGUUUGCCGAGCUUGGUGCUGUCAUUGAGUCCCAGAAGAGACACAUCGACCGCUGGAAAGGCAAGGAGCUGGAUUUGGCCAUUGAGGAGGCUCAACAGAACUUGGAGCUCAUUCGAGAGCUAGGCGAAACCAUCCAGAAGCAGGAGCUGCAGAUCGCUGAGUUUACAGUGGAGAAACAGAAGUGGGAGGAGAAAUAUCACCUCGCAGCUCAGGAGAUAGAGACACUGAAGACACAAGGCACGUACCAGAUCCAGCAGCUUCGUUCAGAGGUCUCCAUGUUACGACAAGCAGGAGUGGAGGUGGAAAAGAAGCUCAAAGACCGAGAUACGUCAUUAGCUACGCUGAAAAAGAGCAAUGACUCUUUCCUCUCCCAAUUGGAGCAGAUGCAGCGUGACAGCUCGACUGUUAUGCAAGAAAACACGACACUGAAGCAACAGACAACGCACCAAUCAGAAGGAAUGCGUGUGCUCGAGCAGCAGAUCCAGGAGCUACGUGAACACUACGAGGCAGUAGGAAAUAAGGCGAGUGAACUGGAACAAGAUGUGGCAGCGUGGCAGAAGAAAUUUAAAGAGAAGAGCCAUCAAGUGAGUGAAUUGGAGAACGCACUUAACAACGGAAGACAGGAAAUGGGUCAACGAGAAGGCAACUUUAAGGAAUUGCUGGCUAAGAACCGGAAGCUGCAGGAACAUGUGGAUAGAAUGGCUCAAGAACACGAGAAGCAGCUUGCAGAGCAGCAUAAAUACCGUGGUGAGGUCGAAGCAGAGCGACAGAGACUCACGCAAGUGCUUCAGCAAGAGUCUACGCGGUUCCAGAACCUUAGAAAGGAGGCUGGAGAAGCACGUGCACAGAUUGAAGCACAGGCCAUGGCUGCUAUGAAGCAGCGUGAACAGCAACUAUUGGAUGAAAAGGCUCGUGUGGAGGAAGAAUUGCAGCUUCAAUUCAGCAAGAUCAAUGAAGAGAACAUUGAGUUACGAGCCACUGUGGACAACCUGAAGGACAUCAAUCGACGCAAGAGUACGGAGAUUGGCAGACUUAUGGCCACUUCUCAAGAAGCUGAACAGCAGAUCCAGUCUCGGAUGCAGGAAGCUCAGAAGAUGCAGCAGCUGACCGAAGAAGUAGCGCGUGCAAAGCAGCAAAUGGAGACGUUGUCCAAGACUCUGGCUGCAAAGGAAUCUGCUCAUGACGAAGCCAUGAAGCUCCAGUCUGCUGAGUUCGAGAACCAGUACAACGACUUUGUGUCACAAGUUGAGGGCCAAUUUAACGAAAUGACGCAAGAGAAUGAGCAAUUACGAUCAGAUAUUGAGGAGGCAGCGAAGAAAUUGACGAUGUAUGAAGGCCAGGUGACAGUGGGAGGAGAGGAACUCAACAAGUGGCGCUCGGAGUGCGAGAAACUGCAGCAUCAACUGCACGAAGGAGCCCGUGAGAAUGAGUCGUUGAAGCGAGAGCUGGAGCAUCGCCUGCAGGAAUUGGAGCAAAGACACAAGGAGAACGCAGAGCUAAAUGCGCGGAUUGAGCAGUUUUUGUCUCCUGACAACGAACGAACCAGAGAAGUGGAGCUACUACAAGGAGAGCGCUUGCGUCUUGAAGCACGGAACCAGGAGCUGCAAAGACUAAUGGAAGAGACCAGAGCUGACGCUGAAGCCACAAUGGAAGAAGCACAUCGAGUCCAUGAUCGUUCUAUUGAGGAUAACAUCUCGCACGAGAACACUGUCCGUUUGUUAUGUGAGGAGAAGGAAGCGCUGAACCGCAACUUGAUGACCUUGUCGUCAGAGAAAUCGACGGUGGAAGCUCAGAUUGCUACUACUCGCAAUGAGAUCGAACAUUGGAAGGCUUCUGUGCAUCAAUUGGAGAGUGAUAAGCGAGGGCUGGAGCUCCGACUUCAAGAAGUGAUGCGGCAAGCGACUGAUCAAUUUGAGACGCAGAAACACUCAGCAGCUAUGGCGACAGAGGACGGACGGACUCAACUCCAGAAGCUGACGGCUCAGCUCGUGCAACGUGAUGCUCAGAUGACUGAAGGGCAUCAGCAACUUCGUAGGAUGCAGGAAAUGGUUCGCUCGUUGGAAGAGAAGCUCCGCACUCAACAGUACGAGUCUGAGAGCUUGCAGAUGAAGAACGAUCAGCUGAAUGGCCAACUUGAUGCGCUGCGUAACGAGAAGCGCGGACUGGAACACGUUAUGCGGCGACAUACCUCGACCUUGCGUGAUGGCUUGGAAGAAGACCUUUCUCAACGACUGGAACGGCUAGCGCGUGACAUGGAGCGACGUGUUCAAGAGGAGAGCGAGAAGACAGCUCAGUUACAGUCUGUUUUGGACUCGAAGCUGGACUCUCAGCUGCAGCAUUCGAGUGAAGAGAGAACCAAGCUGGAGCAGGAGAACGCGAGACUGCAGAGAGAACUUGAGAUGUAUGCUGCCGAACUGGAGAAGAUGGACGCGGAGCUGCUGCAGCUCCAACGUGAACGGGAGGAGCAGGAGCGUCUUCUAAGCGACUUGCAGCAAACGAUUGCGACGUAUGAAGAAGACCAGCGGACGAGAAACAAUGCCAACGAUGAUUUCAUUCGUCUUGAUGCUGUUCAUAGUGAACUGAAGACGACGCACGAACAGUUUAAGCAGGAUCUCGUGGCUCAGUUGAGAGAGAAGGAGAAAGAGGUGGCUGAGUUGCAAGACGAAAUGACGGAGCUUCAGUCCAAAUUGGAUCAAGAGAAGGAGAUGACGCGACAUCUGAUGGAUCGCUCUCAUGCUGACAAGCAACAACAUGCUAAGGAGUUAUCAGAAGCUGAAGAGAAGCAGCUGAACCGAGCGAAGGAGAUGGAGGCGUCAAUGAAGGAGCUACAGCAUAAGCUUCGUGCUAAUGAACAGGCUGCUGUAGACAGGGAACAUAUGCGGGUGAAGGAACUGGAAGCGUCAGUGAAGCGACUUGAGCGUGAGCUGCAAGUCAGUCAGCAGUCGAUGACUGGAAAGGAGCAGAGCGCUAUGCACGAGAAGCUGCAACGAGAACGGGAACAUCGAGCCCUGCAGACUCGAUACGAUACUUUAGAUGCUGAGAACGCCGCGAAUGUCCACAAAAUGGAUACGAAAGUGGAAGAGAUCGAGCACUUGCAUGGAGAGAUCGACCAGCUGCACGAGGAGAUCGAGCGGCUGAACGAAGAAGUCCGGGAUAAUACAGCUGAGAUGGACAACGCGAGAAACCAUCUCCAUGUGUCCGAGCAGCUCACGAUGAAGCUAGAAGAGCUGCAAGAUGAACUCGCUGCACGUGAAGACGAGGCUCGGCGCCGUGAUGCUGACCUGGCUGCUAAAGAGGAAAAGCUGCAGCUUGCUAGGGAUGUUGAAGAAGAACUGAAGCGCCAGCUUCGAGACAAUGUACGCCGUAAUGAAGACGAAGCUGCUUCACUGAAGCAACAGAACGCAAAGCUACGAGAGCAACUCAAACGAGCAGCGCAAGCGAAACUCUCGGUCGAAGAUGAUGCAGCUCGAGAGACGGCAAUGAAGAACCUGGAGAAGGCUUAUGAUGACUCGGUUCAGCGCGAGCAGGAGCUGACAUCACAACUCGCUCAGCUCGAAGACUCCAAGACGAGUUUGCUCAAUCAGUUCCGUCGUGAGAUGCGCAAGUUGAAUGUAGAGUUUGGUGCGCAAGCGUCGAAAGCUGAAGGUAUCGACGAUGGUGCGUUUCUUCGUGGCAUCAUGGGCGUCUCAGCUCUUCUUCGAAGCUACCAGGACCGCGAGACACGUCAGGAUGCACUGAUGCGUCGCAAGGAGAAACAGAUUAAUGAACUAAAAACGCGGUUAGACGAAGUGGAGCGUUCAUUCCGCCUGCAAGAUGACGAGAAGAAGCCCGACGAGUUAAGAGCAAAAGAAGAAUCGCUUUAUCACCAGGUGGAAACGAUGAGUGAAGAAGUGUCCAAGCUGAAGCUGGAGAACCAAGAGCUGCGUGAGAACCCGAGUAGUCCUGAAGAUGUCUGUGAGUGGGAAGAGAAGUGCGCGAAGCUCAAGAACCACGUACAUGAAUUGAAAGAAGCGAAUACGACACUCAAGGAGAAACACUUCUCCAAGGCUGACAUGAAGGCGCUCGUCAAGGAAGUGGAGAAGCUCACGAACGAAGUACUGGAGAAGGAUUCUCAGCUCCAAGCUCUUCGUAAUCGUGAGACGUCAAGACCUGCGAAUGGAUCUCGUGGCUCUAGAGCUUUGCUUGAAGAGAAAGUCAUGGUGCUGAAUGAUCAUUUGACUGGCCUCAUGACCGAGAACAUGCAGCUUCAACACAGUGUUGAACAGUACGCUAUCCAGUAUGGUCCACUUGAUGGUACACCCAACGGUGUUAUCGGUAACUCUGGCAUUCGAGUACCCACCCGAGCGAACGGGAAACCUGCUGUCCGAUCACAGUAACAGACACGUGUGUGUGGCGUUUACUAAUCUAUUUACUGAGCGUUUUGCUUGGCUG